GUCUAUUGCGUCUAAUUCCUCUAGAAAUAAUAAUGAUACGACCAGUGGUACAAAUAUAACAUUACCGAUACUUGUUAACCCCUCUGCAGGAUCCUCAUCACUUAGUAUCUUAUUAGGAGGAAUAUUGAUAUUAAGUGGAAUUCUAGUGUGUCUUUUGUUUAUGAAGUAUAUUAAAAUUGCAGGCUCAAUCAUUGGAUUCUAUGUAUGGGGUUCUUUGGCGUGGAUACUAAUGGCAAAUUCGGAACAACCAUAUCCUGGCUACGGGGAUAAUAGGGAUUAUUUAUAUUUUUCGGUGCCAAUUUUUAUUGGUGAGUUUCAACAAAGAGGAAAUCUAGUAUUAGCGAUAAGUUUUAUUAAGAAAAAUGUUUCUGUAGCAUUAGGAGGAUAUGCAUUUGGCAUAACAUUGAUGAGCUUUAAAGAUAGUGGGUUUCUUCCAUCACACGGACUACAACUCGCAUUUAUGUCAUUAUUUGGAACGAUUGGUUUUGCUAUCAUGUUUUUAUUUAAAGACAACGAGCGGAUCUGGCCUCUGGCACUGACAUCUUCUUUCUGCGGAGCCUAUUCCAUAAUUCUGGGGGUGGAUCAAUUUCUAAAUUUCGGUUUCACUGCAGCCCCGGUGGCAUUCGUAGAUUUCAAUCUACAACAUGCAAAACUAUUACGAUAUAAUGUUAACGGAAAAGUCUAUGGAUUAUUGGGUAGUAUAUUCGUGUUAGCAGCAAUAGGAUUCUAUGUUCAAUUCAAAAUAGUAUUCGACUACCUUCAAUCUGGUAGUCAAAAUCCUACCGACUAUGGGAUGAGAGAUGACCUAGAGAAGAUUACUUACGAAAAGAAACAAGCUGCAAAAAUGAUGCCUAUCUUGAACUCGGUAGGACACAACACCUAUCAGCAAAGCAUGCAAGAAAAACGGUUCGAAGACGACGACGAUUACUUAAUUAGACAGUCACAAAUUUUGUAUCCUACGUAUCCGCAAAGAAACGGAGGGAAUACUAAUAUAGUGAAGAUGAAUAGAGAAGAUAAAUAUGGUGGAAAGAUUUAA